AUGAUGCACUCAGGCUGGAACCUUUUCCUCACAACCGUGGCCCUUUGCCUGCUCGCGUGGCCCGUCCACAGCCGCGUCCAAGAAGCGCGGCUGCCGUCUUCCGUCUUUGCCAGCAGUUCGCCUCUGCACUCCAGAGGCGAACUUCCAGGACGGCCGCCGGCACGCAACCAGGCUUACAACCUUUUCGAGGACCGCCCAGUUCUCGCUCCUCGGGGAGACGCGCCGCGGUGGUCGGCAGACGACGCUGCUCUUGAGCCCAAUCUUCAGGAAGCACAACCGACCCUGCAUCUCCGGGAAGCCGUCAAACAGCCCGUCAUAUCCCAUUGGUCCGAUGACGAUAAUGAAGACAACCAGUUUCACAAUCGGGCAAGCGACCAAGCCUUGGACCGACCAAUCGCGCUUAGCGGGCUCGAUACUGAGCCUGCCGAGAAAAAGGAAGCUCUGGGAACCCGGGCAGACAAACCGUCACAAGGCCCGCACCGGCCGACCUCCCUCGACUCGUCCGACGACGAGCCUGAAGACCAAGUAGACUCCCUGCACGUGCGGAGUGAAAGCCCAGAUCAGGCCACCGCCGUCAACGGACCCGCGUCCAAGCACCUGGUGGGACGGCCGCCUUUGGAUGCUCGGCAAGAGCGGCCGACCACCAUGUACGACGCCGACGCUGCGUUUGCGGACGCCGGCCACCCGCCGGCCUUCUCUCGGCGCAACAGAGUGGAGCGGAUCCGCGUCUUCCGCGACUAA